CAAUUGCAGUUUUACAAUGGUAGUUCUGCAUUCUAGCUCGAUUUGUAAAAUUCACAUAAAUUAUUUCUAUUACAAAGGAGCGAUCAAGUUCCCUUACUCACCUUAGGGAACGUUUUCCGUGCUCUAUCGAUGGUCAUGUUUUUAAAUGAUUUUGUACAUUACUGCAUUAUUGCAGAAACCAAGUAGCUCUACUUUUAUCUAGUCUUGAAAGUAGUUUAUACUAUGGUGGGCAGUUGGCGAACGUUUCUUUUCUGAUUGAGUUCAUUCAGUGACCUAUAAUCUUUUUGCAGAGAUCUUCCUGGGUCUGCCGCCCAUGCUGCCGAUGAUACAGAGCCUGUCGACGCAAAAAGAGCCCAAGAAACAUGUGUGCGAGCUGUGCGGCCGAGAGUACAAGCAGAAGUGUACGCUCGCCUUCCACCUUCGCUAUGAGUGCGGCAAAGAGCCGCAGUUCUUCUGCGAACUUUGUCCCUACAAGGCCAAGCGAAAAACGUCUCUCAAUUCACAUAUCGUGUUUAAACACAAGAGAGUUAUUAACAACUCAGUUCGCUGACUCAGAGUUGCAGAAACACAGGUGCAACCAAUGCGGCUCAGAGUACAAGCAAAAGUACUCUCUGACGUUUCACCAGCGCCACGAGUGCGGGAAGGACCCGCAGUUCGCUUGUCCCUACUGUCCUUACAAGGCCAAGCGGCGAACGUCCCUCCAGUCUCACGUCGUGUGUAAACACAAACAGCCUUUCACUUGGCCCCACUUGGCCACUAAACACUCGUCAGACUAGUUCUAAUGCAGUGCCGAUAUAUUAAGUGACAGUUCGGUUUGUUUGAGUUGUUUCUCUCGUAGCUCCAAUUGUUUAUUUUGUUGACAAAGUAUUUUCUUGCUUUAGGUGUAAAUUUAGAGUUUUAGACACAGCUUUUGAUUAGCAGAAGUUACGGAACUGAAAAUAAUGAACUGUUCGUGUUUUGCAACUAAAAGAAUAUAUCAACGCAGAAUUUGUUAUUUUUCUGCCUUUCUUAUCAACUAUUUUAGUUAUUUAAAUUUUGAUGGUAAAUAAACCUACAUUUUAUAAAAUACACCCCUAUGUACUAGAACUAAUAUUACACAUUGUAUUGGUUUCCACGUUUUGCCUUUUUAGCAUGUCAAUCUUGUUUAUUUAGAGUAUUCAUUGAAUGUAAUUAAUUUUAAAUAUAUUUAUACAGGUAGGAAUUUUUUGUUUCAAUUUUAAUAUUAUACACCACUGAUGUUUAUGAGCAUGUUGAGGGAUCCUUUGAAAAUUUUAAGAAAUCAAACAAACUGUAUUAAGAUUUUCUGAAAUUUUAAAACUCAAGGUAAGACAUUUUACCAACUAUUUAUUAAUUAAUCCGAAUGAUAGUCAAUAGUAAAAAAUUAGUUUAGUUUACUUGUUUGGUUUUUUGUAAUGAACAAAGAUAAUUGGUAUCUCCAAAUCAUAACAGUACGACCACAUUUAUUUAUUGUUACGAAUUUCGUGUCAAAGUUUUAAUAAAACUGUUUCCUAUAUUUGUA